UUCUGCCUGCGAUGUCACUUCCGGCGGAAAGAAAGACGGCGAAGGCUGCUUUCCUCGCUUCUUUCUUUUCGGCGCCAUCAUGGGUCGCAUGCACGCACCCGGAAAGGGCUUGUCCCAGUCCGCCUUGCCUUACAGGAGAAGCGUACCUACGUGGCUGAAACUUACUUCCGAUGAUGUCAAAGAGCAGAUUUACAAGUUGGCAAAGAAAGGCUUGACACCUUCCCAAAUUGGUGUAAUAUUAAGGGACUCGCACGGGGUUGCCCAAGUUCGUUUUGUGACUGGUAACAAAAUUCUGAGGAUUCUUAAAUCCAAGGGACUUGCCCCUGAUCUCCCAGAAGAUCUUUACCACUUAAUCAAGAAAGCAGUUGCUGUCCGCAAGCAUCUUGAGAGGAACCGCAAGGAUAAAGAUGCCAAAUUCCGACUUAUUUUGAUUGAGAGCAGAAUUCACAGGUUGGCUCGUUACUACAAGACCAAGAGAGUACUCCCACCUAAUUGGAAGUACGAAUCGUCUACGGCUUCUGCUCUGGUUGCAUAAAAAUUCUUAUGACCAAGGAAAUCUAAACCAUCUUGUAAUCGUGUUAUGCUUACUUCAGAGUGAUGUCAUUGCUUUCUUAUUGAAAAUUUGGAAGGAUGAGUUAACACAUUUAUUACAUCAAUAAAAGUUUCUGGAUAUUUUUUCCAGUUGAUAAUAUAAUUUGAGUUCUU